AUGCGGCUUCCCAAAGUGAAGAACAAACACACUGCGGCGGUUCAGGUCUCUGUGAACGACCUCGUCCCUUCAGGAGUACUCCCUCCUGGCCCUCAGAAGAUCCCAGCAGGGCUGGAUCAAGCUCCGACGGCGCAGUCGUCAGCCAUCAGUGAUGCUCGCGAGGAAGAGCUGGCCCUUGUCGAGUUUCAUCGCGAGCAAGAGGAGGUGCACUCCACUUGCAAGGCACGCGGGGACAGGCAGCAGAUGGUCUUCAAGGUGCCGAGAAGAUCGGUGAAUCCAAAAGUGCGGGCAGGGCUGCAUGUCCGGCGCAGCGACUGGUCAAAGCGACGCCUGUUGUGCAUCGCGCUUUGCAAAGAAGAUGCCAGCCGAUGUCCCUUGGCCAAGCUCCCACAGGGCUUUCUCCGCGCCUUUGUGAACUACGUCUUUUCAUUCUUGGCUGAUGGGAGUCGGCGGUGA